AUGACCGAAAGACUGGUGCCUAUGAUUUCACUUGCGGACUUCGAUAAGCGCAAGAGUGAUAUAACAAAGCAAUUAGUCGAUGCUGCUGAACAUGCAGGUUUCUUCACGCUUGUUGACCAUGGCAUCACGAAGAAAGAGAUCGAGUCCCAAUUCAGUAUCUCGAGGCAGUUCUUUGCGCUGCCUGCAGAUGUCAAAGGGAAGACUCCACACGACCCGCAGACCAACAACGGCUGGGAGUACAAGGCAUGUCAGUUCCGUCCAAGUACAGGUACAUAUGAUGAGAAAGAGUCACUGUGGUUGAUGAGCAAUUCUGACUGGCCUGACGAUGAGGAUGUGCCUCACUUCAGAGAGACUACGGACGCCUUCAUGAGCAAGUGCAGGGCCAUCUCAGACAACGUUCUCUCGUGCUUUGCCAUAGCGUUGGGAUUCCCGGAAAAUCACUUCCAAAUCGCUAACGACCCUGCUCAACCGGAUUGCUUGACUCAGCUCCGCCUUAUCCACUACCCGGCCUCCGAGAACGCCGUGGGCACCUGGAGAGCUGGAAGUCAUACAGAUAUUGGCUGCCUGACACUCUUAUUCCAGCGGGAAGGCGAGGAUGGCCUCGAAAUCUGCCCUGGAAGGGAGUCGCAUUCGAGUUUCGCCAUGGGUGAUGAGUUUACACCGCUGCCUGCUCACACUGGGCCGAUCGUAGUCAACAUUGGCGACAUGCUGAUGGCAUGGUCUGACGAUCGACUGAAAUCUAACUUCCACCGCGUUCGGGCGAAGGAGGUCGGCAAAAGUCCUUCCCGGUAUUCGAUCGCUUACUUCAAUCAAUGCCGCCGAGACUUCGUUCUGCAGGGUCCUUUGAAGAAGUAUCCACCAGUGACAGUAGGGCAAUACUUUAACGAGGCUGUAGAGAUGGGCUUUGCUCGCCAACAGCAAGUGGCUGCGGCAACUUGA